AUGGCAACAUUACAACAUUCGCCGAUCCACGAGAAAUGGAUCCAUGUGGUCAAGGAGCAGCAACGCACCAUAGUCGCCAAAUUGGAAGAAAUCGACGGGCAGAAAUUCCACGUGGACGAGUGGACCCGGCCCGGCGGCGGCUACGGCAUCUCGUGCGUCCUGGAGGACGGCAACGUGUUUGAGCGCGGCGGCGUCAUGGUGAGCGUGGUCCACGGCACCAUGACGGGCGCGGCGGCCGUGGCCCAGAUGCGGGCGAGCCACGCCUCCAUCCCCGAAGGGGUCGAGGCCCUGCCGUACUCGGCCGUCGGUCUGAGCCUCAUUAUGCACCCCAAGAACCCCCUGGCGCCCACUGUCCACAUGAACUGUCGCUUCCUCGAGACCUUUGAUCCCGAGACGGGCCGGGUGAAUCUGUGCUGGUUCGGCGGCGGCGCCGAUCUCACCCCGUGCUACGUCUAUGAAGAGGACGCUCGCCACUUCCAUGCGUGCCUCCGGGACGUCUGUGAUCGGUACAAUGAGACGUACUACCCGCGGUUCAAGAAGUGGUGUGAUCAAUACUUUUGGAACGCGCACCGGAACGAGGCGCGCGGCAUUGGCGGCAUCUUUUUUGACGACUUGGAGGCUUCCUCCGAGCAAGAGCUCGACUCGCUCUUUGGGUUUGCGCGGGACGUGCUGCAGGUGUUCCCCGAGGCGUACCUACCCAUCGUGGAGAAGCGCCGCCACGAAUCCUUCACCGAGGCCCAGAAGCAAUGGCAGCAGCUCCGGCGUGGUCGCUACGUAGAGUUCAAUCUAUUACACGACCGGGGUACAAAAUUUGGGCUGGCUGGCUCGAGCCCGAGGGUGGAGAGUAUCCUGGUAUCUAUGCCGCUCACAGCCUCUUGGAAGUACUACCAUGAGCCGGAAGCGGGCAGCCGCGAACAACAAUUAGUAGAUGUACUCAGAACACCGAAAGAGUGGGUUUGA